AUGUUCAGUGAGCCAAUUACAGAAAAUGAUUUUGGCUCUGCUCUAUUUUGGACGAAAAAUCUUGUGUAUUUAGCAUUGGGAACUGUUGUAUUUACAGCUAUUGUUACAUUUUUAGCUGUGAUAUAUUGGCGUACGAAACAACAAAAAGUCGCAAAAACUAAAUCUCAUUCAUCUGAAUUACCAUCAUUUUCAACAAAUUCAAUCAAUGUUAAAACACCGAGACCAAAAGAAAUAAAAUUAUUUCCUAUUGUACCAAAAUUAGUUCAGCCAAGUUCACCAACAUUUAUUUUACCAUCUAUUGAAAAUAAUAAAAUUAUUAAAGAUAUAUAUACAACAGAUGCGUAUUCAACAGCUGAUUCGUCAUCGUCAUCAGCAGCAGCGAAAAAAUUUCGAAAAAAAAAUCUACUUGAAAGGUAA